AUGUCAUCGACAAGAUCGCCGGUGACAAGGUCUCCGGCGUCGCUGCGAGGGCAGUCAAGUGGAGAAAUAAGAAACAUAGCUUCAGUUUCAAGUAGCCUAUUGCCAGCUUUUGGUACAGUAAUGGGUGAAGGCACUCUAAAGCUUAAAAAAUUAGUUAUUGCUCCUUGUGAUCGUAGAUACAGAAUAUGGCAAACAUUUCUGGUGAUAUUGGUGGUGUACUCAGCAUGGUCAUCUCCUUUUGAGUUGGCAUUCAAGAAGGCAGCAAGUGGAGGCCUUUUGCCUGUGGAUUUAUUGGUGGAUGCUUUCUUUGCCAUAGACAUUCUUCUCACUUUCUUUGUUGCUUACUUGGACAAAACCACCUAUUUACUCAUUGAUCAUCACAACAAAAUUGUUUUCAGGUAUGUGACUCAUCUAGGAUUUCCAAUGGAUGUUGCAUCAACCAUACCAUUUCAACCAAUAUACCAAUUCUUUAAUGGGAAAAAGCAGGAAGGAGACAUUUUUGGCUUCCUCAACUUGCUCAGACUAUGGCGACUGCGUCGUGUUAGUAAAUUCUUCUCAAGGCUAGAGAAGGACACUCGAUUCAGCUACUUUUGGACAAGAUUUUGUAAACUAGUUUGUGUGACCCUAUUCGCGGUGCAUUCCGCUGGUUGUUUCUAUUACUGGUUAGCAACACAUUAUCAUACUGCAGAGAAUACCUGGAUUGGAUCAAAUGUUACUAGUUUCCAAGAAAGAAGUAUCUCUCUUGGAUACACAUAUUCCAUGUACUGGUCUGUUGUUACCCUCACCACAGUAGGCUAUGGAGAUCUUCAUGCACAUAAUACAGGGGAGAAGGUUUUCGCCAUCUUCUACAUGCUCUUCAACAUUGGCCUAACUGCUUACUUAAUUGGCAACAUGACCAAUCUUGUUGUCCAUAGUGUUGCUCGAACCUUCGCGAUGAGGGAUGCAAUCAAUGAGAUACUGCGAUAUGCAAGGAAGAAUAGACUUCCAGAAGGCAUAAAAGAGCAAAUGCUGGCACAUUCAACACUCAGAUUCAAGACUGCAGAACUACAGCAAGAGGAAGUAGUAGAAGACUUGCCUAAGGCAAUAAGAUCUAGUAUUGCACAGCAUCUUUUCCAUACAACCCUUCAAAAUACGUAUCUUUUCAAAGGUGUUUCCGAAGACUUCUUAGUCCAGUUGGUUUCAGAGAUAAAAGCAGAAUACUUUCCACCAAAAGUUGACAUUGUUAUUCAAAAUGAGAUACCAACAGACUUCUACAUUAUUGUCUCCGGGGCUGUGGAAGUAGUAACAUACAAGAAUGGAACAGAACAGUUCCUGUCAAAAUUGGAAUCCCCGGAAUUGUUUGGAGAAAUAGGCGUGAUCUUUAAUACACCUCAACCUUUCACAGUGAGAAGUAAGAGACUUUCUCAGGUUGUUCGAAUCAGUCAUCAUCAUUUCAAGCAACUGUUGCAGCUCUUUAACACAGAUGGAAAAAUAAUCCUCUCCAAUUUUCUACAGCAUCUUAAAGGAAUCGAAAAGGAAGGGCUACAAGAAAUACCACUCAUAUCAGAGUUGCUCAGUGACCUGAAUAGUGAGGAGGUCUCUGUGAAUACGGAGCAAAAUCAUGAAGGACUAAGACAAGAAGGAACCAGAAUUCAUAGAGUGUCAGGCAAAUUUCCCACUAGGAUUAUAAUACAUGGACAUCAUCCACAUGACAAACCAAAUGAAGACGGAAUUGCCGGAAAACUAAUACAUCUACCUGAGUCAGUUGAAGGUCUCCUAACAACAGCAGAAAAAAAGUUUGGCAAAAGAGGAAGCAUGUUUCUCAUGGCAGAUGGCUCCCAACAGGAAGAUUUGGGUGCUUUGCGAGAAAAUGAUCACUUGUAUAUAGUUUGA